AUGUUAUCCGCUCCUUCCAUCCUCGCUGCUCUGGCGAUGGUCACCUCAUAUCAAGUCGCGCUUGCCGAUGUGAGCCUGGUCGUGCCCGGGUUCGACGAGCAGCCCUUGAGCGUCACGGAACUUGGUGUGGGCGCGGACGGCAGGACAACAUGGGCGCUCAUGCCCGGUGUGGCGACAAAUACAGAUGAGGAUGUCGGCUUCUUCGGUACAGCGAUCCUUGUUGAAGGUCCCAACGAUGUUCAUCUCGUUGAUAGCGUACCGGAGCUCAGCAUGACGCUUGACAUCAGCUGCACUAUCGCGAACGGUGUCGCAGACUGUGUCGGCAACGGGUACGACUCGACGCCUAUCCCUCUGGGUACGCAGGGACCUUUCCUUGUUCAGGGCAAUGCAGCAGCAGCUACGGCGACGGCUGGCUCUCCGUCGGCCACGGGAUCCACUGGAGCCAACGCCUCAGCCGGUUCCAGCGCGUCUGUCACACCAGCCCCGACAGGCAGUAGUGCAUCGUCGAGUUCAACUGCGACAAGCGCAACGCCAUCUGAUAGCAGUGCAGGUGCUAAGCAUGUCGCUACUACUUCUGGCUCACUGUUCAUCGUCAUCGCUGCUCUUACUGCACUACUGUGA